GACUACACAAAAUUAAUGGAAAAAUAUGGAAAGAUGAUGCGCUUUUCUGAUGCCGAACGCGUGUUCGGGGAUAUCGAACGUGCAGGCUUGCUGCAUGAUCCUGUGUCUUUCACUGUCCGGAUAACUAAUCUUGGGCGCCAAGGACGAGGCGAAGAGGCAGAGGAGUUGGUUGGUGACAUGCUAUAYAGGGGGAUGACUCCUGACAAGAAGACAUGGACGGCUYUGAUAAUCGCGCAAGGGCGGUCGAGAAAUCCRACGAGAGCUGAGGCAGCACUAAGGGCCAUGCUCUCCUCUUGCGAGCGUCCUCAUUUGCCAGCGUAUACCGCGCUGGUCAACGCCUAUGGACGAGCAGUGCGUGCCGAUGAUGCUCAGCGUAUCUUCGAUGAACUCCUGCAGCACAGGUUCCGACCCAGCCGAAAUGCCUUCACAUCUCUGAUUGAAGCGUAUGGCCGUACCGGCGACACCGACAAAGCGAUUCAAACGUUCGAACAAAUGUGGGGUACAGCCGUGAGUGAUAGAUUGGGUAUGGAGAUAGGGGAAAUCAUGGAGGUUGACGAGCAUGACGUAGACCUUGUAACUUCAGGAGAGCAUUCUGGUGGUAAUGCCAGCAAGAAGCGUUCGGGUAGCCAAUCCCAACAUGUCCCCAAACACAUUUGUCGGCGACGGAGGGGCCUCGAUUUGAUAGAUGAUGUUGCGAUGGCGACAGUCGUGAGAGCUGCUAGGUUGUUCGGAGCCUGGGAGAAGGCGGCGGAGCUCGUGCGAUCAUUCGAGCGCGCUGACUCGAAAAUAAAGAUGAAAGAGGCAGCACUUGCACAAGGACCUGAAGGAGUUCAACGACACGUGAAGCGCCAUAUGGAGUCCCCAGGGUCUUUGACGUACACAACGUUGAUCGACGCAUACAGUCGUGUCGGUCGGUUCGACGACGCCAGACGAGUGUUUGUAGUGAUGGAAAUGGAGGGGAUUCGUAGCGUAGAAAGCACCUACGUGUCCUUGCACAAUUCCUAUGCCCGUGUUGGGCUUGCGGAAGAGGCAGCCAAAGCAAGGGAAGAAAUGGAAGGUCGACGCAUACGGCCCACACUGUAUGGGUAUUUGGAAAUGCUGCGAGGCCUUUGCGAUGCAUCCAUGUACUCUGAAGCACUGGAUCUUUGGACGAAGAUGCAUGUUGAUGGCUGUGUCCCGACGGACGAGCAGUUACAAGGGCAUGGGUUGACAGGAGAUGCAAAGGUCUUGACCCCUGACGAACUCACAUUGUUGCUUGGAGGGGCGAAAUCAGCAGAAUUGGAAUUGCAAUCGGAAGAAGGUAGCGCCGACAGGAAAGCUAUGCCUGCCGAGGUUGCAACAACAGAAUUAGUCAGGAGGAGACGGCAGAGAGGUGACGCUGGGGGCAUAGCACCAAUGGAAGUACGGCAGGUCAGACGAAUCGGCGAGAACGGCAAGUACAGGGAGGGGUACAGGGAACCUUUUCCCUGUUGCGAUGAGACGCACGUCGAACCCAUCAUGGGCUUUGCCAUCAUCAUCAUCCUCGCCUUCCGUAUCAAUAUAGAUUGGACCAUGCAAAUCGUCGCGGCCAUACCUGUUGGUGCCGAGCGAGGAACCUCAGGGGGCGCUCGCAUCGUGACUCGUAGGAUCAACACAGGGAACUGGAACAGACCCACAUGGCCAUCUGCAGAGCAAGAGCAGCUGGGUUGGCUGGCUGCAGGCUGUUCACGUGUCUCGAUUGAACACCGGGUAUGAACGGUAUCUCCAAUGGGUUUGAUGGUAAAGAGGCGGCGGUGGUGUAUUGCACUCACUUGGAGAAUGAGGACCCUGACACGCUCGAAGGGUUGAAGGCACUGUCUUUUUGAAGAGGCCCUGAUAAACUGACCGAGCAAUUUGGAUUUUGCGCAUCCCUCUAGCCAGAUGGGCUGAGCUGGUGAAGAAUGAGAUCAAGAAGGGCCCCAUAAACGGACCACGGAAGGGCCCAUGUAUAGAGACCAAAAAGGUCACACAUUGGGACUACCACUGGCCUAUAUUCAGGCCAACAAAAGCCCCUGAUGAGA